AUGAUUAGAACGCUCGCAGCUCUCAGUGCUCUAUCGGGCCUGGCAACUGCCUGGUUGCCCGAGGUCAACAAGAAGAUCACCGCAACAAACGGUACGAACCUCUUCACGAGUUCAAACGGCAAGAUCCGAGGCGUGAACCUGGGCUCUCAAUUCGUCUUCGAGCCAUGGAUCGCAGAAAAGGCGUGGUCAGACAUGGGCUGCGGCGGCCAGAAAUCCGAGUUCGACUGCGUCUCGAGCCUGGGCCAGGCCAAAGCGAAUAGUGCGUUUGCGAGCCACUGGGGCUCCUGGAUCACGCAGGAUGACAUCGCCGAGAUGGUGAGCUAUGGGCUGAACACCAUCCGCGUCCCCGUCGGGUACUGGAUGCGUGAGGACCUGGUGUACUCGAAUAGUGAGCAUUUCCCCCAGGGCGGAUUGCAGUAUCUGGAGAAUCUGUGUGGAUGGGCCAGUGAUGCAGGCUUGUACAUUAUCAUUGAUCUACACGGUGCUCCCGGGGCUCAGACGCCCCAGAAUCCAUUUACGGGCCAGUAUGCGCCGACCGCUGGAUUUUACCAGGAUUACCAGUUCGAGAGGGCGCUGAAGUUCCUCGAGUGGAUGACCACCAACAUCCACAAGAACGACAAGUUCCGCAAUGUCGGAAUGCUCGAGGUUGUUAAUGAGCCUGUUCAGAAUGCUGGCAAGGUUGGCUCGAUGCGGACCAGCUAUUAUCCUAAUGCUUUCAAGAGAAUCCGCGCUGCAGAGCAAAGCCUCAACAUCGACAAAAACAACUACCUGCACAUCCAGAUGAUGGACAAACUUUGGGGCUCGGGCGAUCCCACCGAGGCUCUGACUGACACCUACUACGCCGCCUACGACGACCACCGCUAUCUAAAAUGGGCCAGCGUCGCCGUCUCCAAGGACAGCUACAUCAGCACAUCCUGCAGCGACGAGCUCAACAGCAACACCCCGACCAUUGUGGGAGAAUGGAGUCUGAGCGUUCCUGAUAACGUGCAGUGGAGCUCUGACUGGUCGCCCAACUCUAACAAGGAUUUCUACAAGAAGUGGUUUGCCGCCCAGGUCACGGCGUAUGAGAAGCAGCAGGGCUGGAUUUUCUGGACGUGGAAGGCUCAAUUAGGAGAUUAUCGUUGGUCAUACCAAGAUGCUGUUGCCGCUGGCGUCAUUCCCGCUGAUCUCAACUCUCUGGCCGGCCUGAAGGUGUGUGGUUGA